GGCGGGACCUCGAAGCCGGGAAGGGCGUUCUCUUUGCGGCCAGACCGGGCAGAGUCAUCCCGAGGGGUGGGUCCUCCGGCAGCAGAAAGGGAAAACCCACCUUUUUUCAUUGUUAAGGACGCGGUGGAAUGUGAUGGUUUGAUCUCGUACGGGCCAGGGAGGGGAAUAUCCGAGAGGAAAGGACCGACGAAAGCGUAUUAGGGAAAGGGGGGAACUAAAAACGCAGACCCCCCUGUCGCCUCCGACUCUCUGGUCUUGUCUAAGAGUAUGUGGAUGAACUUGUCCUCGCCGUGUCGGCAGCAGCGAGUCCUACCGUCCGCAUGAACUCAAACCGGGGGAAGUUGUGGAUUUACCGUAUCGUUUUUCCGACUCGGCGGUGGAGCCGCUAAGGAUGGAGACUUUGCGGAGAGGAGCUUAACGUGCCACAGACAUAAAGAUCCAUCUAAAAUAUGACAGAUUCCCCUGCUAAACACCGCUCUGAAGGAUCUUCAAAGCUUUAAGGCGACAGUCACAAAAAGAAAACAAGACAGGCUGCCCAGAGAAAAGAGUAUUUCCUGGAGAGCCUAAAGGACUACCACACAAAUGUGGACCUCCCAAAACACUGUCAUCAAAUAAUCUAAGCAACAAAUCAAACACAACCGAUAAAACAUAGAGGUUUGUAGCCAUGUCUGAUCAUAAAGACAUGACCCAUCGCCACUUGCGGCACAAGCUACAGAGUCUUGGCCGAAGACUGGAUGAACUUGAAGAAGCCACCAACAAGCUGCAGAAGUCUGAGGACGAGCUACUCGACCUACAGGACAAGAUCAUCCAGGCAGAGGGCAGCAACUCAUCCCUGCUUGGUGACAUCGAGGGUCUGAGAAAACGUCUCCUGAAGAUCCAGGGAAAAGAUGAGGAGGUACGCAAAGCUGAGGACCUCUGCCGCACAGUCAGAGAGAAACUGGAAGAGGAGGAAAACCUUACAAAGGAGCUAAAAGCCGAGAUCGAACGUUUACAACGGAGAAUGGCUGAGUUGGAGAAACUGGAAGAAGCUUUUGGGAAAAGCAAGUCUGACUGCAGCCAGCUCUGCCUCAGCCUCAACGAGGAGAAGAACUUGACCAAGAAGCUCUCGUCUGAAUUGGAGACUCUCAAAGCCCGUUUGAAGGAGGUGGAAGGGUCUGAGACAAAGCUGGACAGAGCAGAGCAGGCUUUGGCUAUGGAGCUUGAGAAGCUCAAGGGAUUCACCCAGACUUUUGUGAGUGAGCGUAAGAGGCUACUAGAGAAACAGAGAGAGGACGAGAAGGUCAUUCUAAAGCUGACAGAAAAACUGGAGCUCCAGAAGAAUCGCCUUGGCAUGUCAGCAGACCCUGGCCGGGCAGAUCUCAUGCGGACACGAAUUGAAGAUGAGCUGUCAUCCACAGGGAUCCUUACGAAUAAACUGGCUGGACACAAGAAGAACCUUGAGUACUUCAAGUUGCCUGAUGACAACAUCAGUCUUGUGAACAAAUCUGAAAACGAGAAGAACAGCGGUCUCGAAGGCUCACAGGAGGAGGACAACAAAGUAAAGGAGCUGACACAGGAAGUAGAGAGGCUGAAGAAUCGCCUUAAACAGCUGGAGAUAGUGGAGGGUGAUUUGAAGAACUCAGAGUCCAAAAAUUGCGAACUUCUCGAGAAGUUCCAGAUGGAACGAAACCGGGCUCGCCAACUGAGUGAGCAGGUGGAACAGCUCAGGACGCUGCUUUGCGGAAAAGGUGGAAAUGGAACCAGUAAUAUGGAGAAACACGGCAACGGAAGCAGUAACAUUUGCCCCAACAGCCCUGCUAAUGUCCUGGAGAAUGGCAAAGCUGAGAGCGAAGAGAUUAUUGUGAAGGGUGGUUUCAGACAAGAGAAGCCUAAAUACAGGAGCGCCGCAACUGUCUCAGAACCAAGCUCCCCCAAACACAGGAACAGGGAGCUCUCUCCUCAGCAUAAGAGAGAAACUAAGCUGAGGAGCAAAGACCUGAGCCACUCAGAGGAGAGCUCUCCUAAGUCUGUGAGGAGAGCCCUCAGUCCUGCUCACUCCGCUCACAAGAGCAGGAGGACACCCAAAACUACUGCAAUUUCAUCUGAUAACGGAAUAAGAGACACAGGACGAGGAACUGAGGAGAAAACGAGAGGAGCCACGUACAGCUCUGUAAAUACAGCUUCUAGUGAUAUCAAAAAGGUGUCUGUUCUUAGUCGCUACCCUCCAGCUGCUAAUGACCAGAAGCCAAUGAGGACAACUCACAAACAGACUGAUGGGGAGACAAAAAAGACCAGAGUAGACAAGUUCUCAAAGUUGUACGUAGGUAGUGACAGCGAAUCGAACAACUCUGAUGUAAUGCCCGACAGCUCCAGUAACAUCAACAGUAUCUCUGCACUGGAGAAGGACACAGCGUCUGCCUCGGAUCAGGAAUCAAUAGACCAAGUUCAGGAAUCUGUCUCGGUCGCCUCCUCCCUGUCCAAAGCCAAUGGAUCGUACACAGCCUACAGAUCACACGUCACUCCUCUGCAGACCAACGACCAGGGGUCAGAGGGUCAUUCCUCUGCCUCAGAAACAGAAUCUACUGGUUCAAGGCCUUCUGAGCCAGAGCCCGUGAUUGAGAAGACUACUACAACUGUAAGCAGUAAGACCUCAAGCUCCAGAUACCCAAGAUACUCCCAUGUCCAUGACUCACAUUCAGAGGGCUCUUCUUCCAGGAGCUCCUUUGAUGAGGAACUCCACAGCAGAACACAGUCAGCGGAGGGGGGCCAGCAGGGGCCCAUGCUUUCUUCCCAAGGGAUUGAGAUCCAGCGAUUGUGCAGCCCACGUGAGGCGCUGAGGUCAAAGGCUGUCAUCAAGCCUGCUAUUGUUGAGAUCGACAGGAAGGAAAUGAUGAUUUCAGAACCUUUGCCUACCAACGGCAAACCCAAAAUCUCCACCAAACCAGUUGUGACCACCACUAGUAAAAUGACCAGUAGUAUAACCAUCUACCCCAACGACCCGAGCUCUUCCAGAACCAGCAGCCGCAGCAGCAGUGUGUGCAGUGAACCCAUGCCUGUCAAAGAACGCCACACUUCUACCAGUAACAUCCUCAUAGGUCCCAGCAAUGAGCACCAUGGCAGUAUUUCCGUCCCAUAUGAAAUCUCCAUCCCCAAGAGUGAGAUCACCUUGCGACCUUGCCAGGACCAGGACUGUGGGGCAGACAACCACAGUGAUUCUUCAUCAAGGUCCAAACUCCACAACACUUCCAGAGUGGAGACCACCACCAGCCAUCUGUGCUGCCAGCGCAGCAACCUCAGCCUCCAGUCGCCGGACGCCACGUCCGCAGACUUCAAUGACACAGAGUCAGGCUUCGAGAGCAGCAGCAGCAGCACCACCACGGUCACCAGCUGGAGAAGCCAAAGACAAAACCAACACUCCCAAGAAGACAGUUUACCAGACAUGAAAAAUGUAACUGUGAGAAGCACCUGGAAGAACAGAGGCACUACGUCAGUGGAUGAGACAGCCCGAGGAAGAGGAGCCACUAAGACAAUGACAGAUGGUGGGUCUGAAGACGAGGCAGAAGCCGCAACAACGUGGAGGGCUUACCGGGCAACCACUUUCGACAUGGAAGAAACGAUAAACAGUGGCACAGGAGCUGGUGGGAAUGCUACAGCACAGAAGGGAGCCAAGCCAUCCCCCGCAGAGGUGUACAUGCGUAGGAUCAAUAGUGGGGUUACUAACACUAGAGAUGUGGAGGAACCAGUGCCACGCCGAGGCAAGCGCUCUCAGUCUCCCACUGUUGAAACAGGAGGCCUGGGAAGGACCGUACCCCACGCACCUGUGACCUCCCAGUCCUGGAGCCGGUCUUACACACAACAACCACCGGCUGCUGAUAGCAUAGAUCCCAGUCCAAACCCGAGCCAUAGCCCGGCCUCCUGGAGACGACAGCUACCCAGCAGCGACUCACACCACCUGGGGAGCUCUUAUGACCGGGCAUCUAGGACAGGAGGGGCCUCUUCCAGAGGAGGGGACCCAUGGUCCAGUCGGAGUCAAGGAUCAGGGGCCAGAGCAGAGGGAAGAGGUGGAGCGGGGAGCCGACCAUGGAGCCAUCGUCAGACUGAUCAUCAUUAGACCUCUUUGGUCAUAACAGGACUUCUACAACAAAGAGAACAGCACUCCAUUAAGCUCUCAACGGCAAAAGCAGAGCCAAACACCAGUCUCCCAUCAACUAAUGGCUGCACCUAUUACCACCAUCUCCAACAUCUGCAGCUCUUAUAACAAACAAAGAAAAGAAAAAUAGCAGUUGCAGCCAUAUAGAACAACAAACCACACAUCUGACCCUGAGCGUCCACGGAGAUGUGAACGGCUCUUCCUAUCCGGAACUUUCUCUGUCCCAAAAGAGGCAUAAAUGGAAAGACAUUGCCUGCACAGCGUUGUGGAGGUCGCCUCACCAGCCCACCUAUCCUCUUCUGCUUCUUGUGUUGGAUGUAUUAUAGUGUAAUCCUGAAAUUUGACAAGGGAGAGGCUGGCUUGCUGUGGACAUCUGGAGAUUUUCCUGCCUGCCAGAGAGGGUUUAAAUACUCUUAGAGGAAGAAGGACUCAAACAUUGAGAAUGCCUUUCUCAGAGGACCAUUACAGCUGGAUAUGUCGCUUUUGAAUCACAAUUUCAAUCUUUUCUUGGAUGCUGAAAAACAACCCAAACUGCAGUUAACAACAGUACAAUGUUAAAGACGUAUCUUCAUCUCGCGGGGUCUGGAUGUUCAUGCAGAAUACUUCACAGACUAAAGGAUCUUUACCUUAAAUGUGACCAAAAACAGGAAGCGAAUUACCCUCUCUGCAUAUCCGUAUCUCUUUUUCUUACUGAGCUAAUUUUUGCUUCGACAAUUCAGUCAGACCGUCUACGUUUCUUUAUGCUUUUCUCACACAUAUAUACACAAACAAAUGCACAAACAACAAGCGAACACAUGCACAUUUCAAACUUUCGGGUUAUUUUUAACCAGUAUCACCACUUUUUGGCAUGCAGUGACCUCAAACUGGAUUUAAUUUGGGGUCUGGGAUGUUUUGCGUGAACAUUUGCAUGUUUCUAAGUAAUAAAUGAAGAGCACUUGAAAGAUUGUGACUCAGCAUGCACUCUGCUUAAAGGAUUGCUGGUUUGCCGCAUUUUUGGAGUGCGCACACACACAAACACACACACAAACACUCAUUAUUUUUGACAGACCGGGACCUUAUUUAUGUUUUUUGUCAUUUUCACCAGUUGUUUAGAUUUUUUUUGUAAUUCGCUUCCUGUUCUGCAGCAUCCUUUCCCUUUCUGCUCAACCAUAUCAAGACGAAAAGUAGUUUGCACGUAAUGAAAUGCAAUGCACAUGUAGAAAAAAAAAAAAAAGAAUGAUUGGGGGGGCAUUGUUUAUAACCUCAAACCAUGCUACAGUUUCCAUGGUGCUUUGUCUUACAGCUGUUGCAACUGUCCUCAGUCAUGUAUUUUGAGAGAGCCAUAGCAAAGUGGAGUUUCUGAUUAAACUGAACAUUGGACUUUGGAUUACCAGCAAACCUGGCCUGGCAGGGUGGACAUUUUUUUCAGGGCUGCUGUAAAUACUGUGUACACGCCAGCCAGUCAUAGGAAAGACACAAGAGAGUUGGACUUUUAACAAAGAGGAACUGACAGUCCAGCUCGUGUGCGACUGGGUUCGCCGUGCGAAUCGUCCAAGCUUUCUCCGUUUCUUAUUUCUAUAGAGGUGUAUUAUUUUGUUACAUCAUAAAAUAUCAACUUGUGGUUGGUAUGUUGGAGCAAACUCUCGUUGGUGGGGGGCCAUAGCAGCAAUGGGGGGUGCCAUCGAAACUGAUUUAGUUGUGGCCAGUAAUAAAAAUAAGUUGUUUUGAUUGAGGUAAAUGGUGCAUAUCUAUGACAGAAACCUCACUGACAUUGUUUGAGUCUUUCAACAGGAUCCUGCUGGAUUUUAGGUUUAACACACAAGAUUAACUGCAGUAUGACAGAUGAUGUAAACUUUGAUCCCAGAAUAAAAUUUAUGAACGACGCUAAGGAAUGCAGCUGAAUGACCAAUUGCUUAAUGGCUUGAUGCACCAGUCCCAACAGGACAGUGUUGUUUGUCUCCUAAAUCUCCUAUAUGGCAGACAAAGUAACAUAACCAUAACUGUGACAACUCUGAACAUGUGGGAUCUGCUGAAGAACUUUCAAAGCCUGCUCUUCAUUUGGUUGUUCUGCUGUGAUGUAUUUAAGUGCUGUUGAGUCAGACCCCGCUGGGGAUGAUCUGGUUCAGUCUUAUUACAUUUCUCAGUUCUUCUGUAUUCUACCAGCCGCCAUCUAGCUGUAAUAUUUAUUAGUCUCCAUAAACAGUAUGUACAGGUUCUUAUAUUGUGAAGAGGUCCGCCUGUGGGCAGGAGCCCAGUCUGUUGCCGCUUUGUCACUUUACUGUUUAUGCAAGCAGGAGAUUAUAUGCAAUCUAACUGCCCCCCACCCCCCACCCACCCCCCCAUGCAAUGUCUGUAACUGUAAGUCAUCAUUCGGAUCAUAUAGAUCAUAGGUGGUGGCUGUGUAGUGAUAAGUCCAAACUAAAAUGUCUGUUUACCUUCAAAAUGUACAUUUUAACUAAUUUACAUUACUUUUACCCUUUGUUAGAAAAUAUCAACAGUAUGUUCAUCUGUGCCUUGAGAUACAGUGAGAAAGCUAGAUUGUCCCAAUAAGUUCAGACUUGCACCAUGUUCUUCUACUUCCUGAGCAGAUAAAUGACAUGUAGUACUGGUUGUAAGGUAAACAUUUUUUUGAACUUCGUAUAUAUUUUUUACAUUUGGAGUGAUUGUAUUGUAAAAGUAUUUUGGUUCAAGUGAAAAAGAGACUUUCUCCGUGGGAACUCCUCCCUAAGUUACGUCAAAACGAGGUUCCCUGAGAAAAAGCCAUUUUUUUUCUAACCCAACUUUAAAGUACCCAUUUAAAGAAUAUAGACCACACCACCCAAAAAGUUACAUCCUCUAGAUUUGUCUGUCAGAGUCGGAGGGUGCAGCUCAACCUCAGAAGAGACUGUCACGUGGCCUCUUCAUGGCCACUGCUUGGCUUUUUGAAAACAGACCAGACAUACUGUUCAGAGCUCUUAGUGCUCAUGCCAAGACUUGAUGAUCAUAUGGUCCUUCUGUGCUUUCUCUGUUAUUGUUUCUACUACCACUCUUCUCAUUUGCCAUCUCCUCCCCAAUCUCUCAUCCUUUUAAACAGUUCCAAUUUUCCUUUCAGUAUUUCGGAGAAGCCAAAUGUCCCUUUCUUCUCUUCCUCCUUCGUCCUCUGUUUCUCAGCAUCUUCCUCGCAUUCUCAUUUCCGAAAGGGAAAGCCGUGGUCCCAAACAGCGGUGACCAAGUGUUGUUGAUUCAGAGAGUUGUUUUAUUGAAGGCCAGCGGCCUGUCACCAAAUAGUGAUAGGCAGCUCCUUGGGUAGCUGAAAGGUCAGAGGUCAGGACUGCAUCUAAUCCUGUCUCUACAUCUUGGCUCAGGGCUUCUAAAUACAGGGUAGAGGAAGACGGACAGGCUGGCAGUGAUGUCCACUUUAGGGAUAAUUAAAACAGCCGAGGGUAUCGAAUGUCCAGUUCUGCCAGCGCUCAUGCUGCCAGAGUUACAUGUGAUCAUCCAUCGGUGUGUAUGUGUUGUCAUUAAUAUGUCAGUGAGGGCUCUUGUUCAAAGCUGGACAUGUAAACUGGUGUGUUGUAAGCUGCUGCACAUCGCAGAGUAAGAGGGUGCUGAGUGACUUAUGUGCGCGUGUUUGCCAGAAUUGGCAGCAGGGCCGGGGAUUGUUUUUAUUUAACUUUAAGGCUGACAUCACUGCGGGUCAGGAUUACUAUAUAUAGCAACUUGGUGAUGCAAAUGCUAACACCAACCCUCAACCAUCAUCCUGCCUUAUGGCCUCCAUAAAUUUUCUCAUGUCACUUCCUUCCCUCCACCCAAUAAAUGCUACUCUACCAUGCAGACAAUCUAACAGUUUCACUCGUCCUUACUACUAAACUAAACGGUGUGACCUCUACCAUUUGUGUCUGUUUCACUUUCCUUUCUUGCCUUCUCCUCUUAAACUUUUCACCCCCCCACCCUAACACACCCUGAAGAGAGUAUUCGAGUCGGGGGUCCCAGGAAAGGCCCAGCUGUUGGAACCUAUAGGUUUUAUGACAUGUUGGAGGGUUUUCCUCCUGGAGGCCGGCUUCAAAGAAAGCAGGGCUUUUUAAAGGGCAAAGUUGAAACUCCAUCCUCCGCUACACACGCUGCAUUUCUUCCUUAUAAGGCCCUAAAGUACACUAACACCACUGCUAACCCGACUUCACAUCCACUCCGUCCAUUGAAACCCUAGUUGGACCCUUCAGAAUAAAGACCAGUUGUGACUUUCGGGCAUCAUGCCACCACUCACAUGUUACAGGUCUUAUUGGUUGCUUCCAGUGGUGAGAGCCUGCGUAGUGUUGAAACGGUGGAAUGUACUGACUGGUCAUCUGGGACUCGAGUGAAGACUUUACAGGUUUCAAGACUUCUAUGGCUUUUGUGGCGCUAUAAAGAAACAGCUGGGUGCUGUUUCAGAGUAUGUCGGUUCCUCUGAUCCGUGAACGAUGGCAGCUUUGCAAACCAUUUUGUGGAAUCAGAGAGUCAGUAUGAUAGCUUCUGCUAGAGCAGAAUAUUUUGGACAUGGGUUUGGAUGCAACGAUUGAAAAUUCCUACAAGGAAAAGAGGUGGUUAAGCAGUGGAGAGACAAGAGGCUGCUUCUGCUUUCCUGCUCAAAUACCAGCUAAACACUUAACUGAAAUCCUCUAAAGCUCUGCUGGUGUAUGUAUAAACAUCCGUUAUUUACAAGUCAUUGUUUUUCCCUUUUAUAAAGUAGACUAGAAUGUACUUUGUGGAGAUUGGAGUGGCAAUGCAGGAAUGGCUCAUGGGCAGUGAGCAGGCCCUUUUCCUCAAAGGCCUUCAUUGUAAAACCAGGGUCAUGGUGUCAUUGGGUGGCGUAGGCUGUAAUCUGCACUUAACCAGCACUUAACUUUAAGACCUCAAACGACUAAUGCCCCCUUUAGUCCCCUUUGUCAAAAAGUUUCCUUUUCCUUUUGUGUCCCAGAAUUGUACUUUUAAGUCUGAUUUCAGUAGCCGUUUGCUGAAUGUACCACAGUCAGGUAUGUGUUUUUUGCACCAGCCAGAUUAGAGUAUUUAAGAAUCAUGUCACCAGUUAAAGAAAGGAAAUUGGCACGCACUCAGUGAAUGAAUCAUGUUUGAACAUAUUUCUCGAGGCAUGGCGCCCUGUUAUGCCUGCAUCUCAGCCUUCUAACGUAGUGCCAAAAUCAUUCCACAGUAUUUCCAGUUUACAGUGAGAGACGGUGCCAAUUUUUCCCCAAGAUUGAUACCCUGUCUCUACGAUACUGAAAUAAAGGGGAAAUAAUCAAUUUGAGGGGUUUUUCUUUUUUUGUUUUCUGCUUAUGUAUGUUUUUAUUUCUUUGUUAAACAAAAGAUGUCUUAUUUUGGAAGCUAUAUCGGAUAGAUUUUAUUUAAGGAAAAUCUUGUACUUUUGUAAAGUGGGCCUUAUUAUUGAAAUAUAUAAGUAUUUGUCCAUCUUGAUUUUAAAAAUGAUAUUUUUUGCAAGAUAAUGUAUCUUCCUCAUUGUUAUUACACUCCUGGAGAGUACUUCUUCCUGUAUUUUGUGUUUGUUAUUUUAAUGCGAGACAUUUCUCAUGACCUGGAGACAUGAUGACACACCAUGGAUGAGAGAGAGAGAGAGACAGUUUUAAAGAGAGAGAGAGAAAUAGAGAGAGAGAGAGAAGCCAGGGUUGUGUCAUAGUCAUUCAAGAAAGAGAGCUAUGUGCAUUUUAUCAGAGCUGAGCAGGUCAGCAGUGCUGAGUGGUUCACCAUGUGUCGUCCCGUGUGUUUUUUGUUUUUUUUUAUCGGGGCCCAUUCAGUGCUCCGGCCUCCUUGCUGCUCUGUUCUCCCUCGCUCAUAAAUUCAGGGUUUGUACAUCUUCUGUGCUGUAUGUUUGUAAGUGCUGCCAAAGAAAGAAGCAUGCAGGCCCCAGACACACACGUGUAUAUAUAAACACACACACAUAAUCUAAUAGGCGUAAUCUAAUAGGAAUUAAAAGACGAUAUGUAUAACUGGAUCUCAUCUCUCUUACAUACAUACAUGCAUACAUACAUACAUACACAAACACAAGAAUUUCAGGCCUGUACAAUCAACUGUUUUUAACGCUCUGUGUUUAUAAAUUUAUGUGCAGAAGAAGGAGACUGACAGACAGAGGUGUCAAACACAAAAAUGUGUGUAAUGAAAUCAGAUCAAAAGGGUUUUAUGAUUUACCAUUGCUUCUCAGUGUGUCAGUAAUACCAGGUGGACUGUGUCGGGAGGCUGUUCUUUUUUUUUUUUCUGUUUUAGACUUAAUACAUUGUGCAUGUUUUAACCUUACUGUGGCUGGCGCACUCUGCAUGUAGGUCUCUUGAAGCUGCCAACUGUACAGCAGACCAUAUGUAUUCCAAUAAAAAUAAAAACCAACCUGUUUUUAACACG